AUGUACAUGAAGGCAGAUCAGAAAGAAAUCAAGUCACUUGAACUCAUAUUCAUUGAUGCUCAGGGUGGAAAAAUUCAGGCUACCAUCCCUAAAAGCUUUAUGGACAGUUUUAUCAACUACUUCGAAGAAGGCUGUGUUCGGCAAAUAGCAUGUUUUGAUCAUGCUUUGAACAUUGUUGGUGGCUACCGUUGUUCAAAACACGAAUACAAAAUUGUGUUUGAACCUAACACCAUUGUGGAUGCUGUUGUUGAUUUGGAUAUUCCUAACCAUGUGUUUGAAUUCACUCCUUUCGCUGAGAUUUCAAAUUUCAUUGCGAAUUUUGAUUUCUGUUUUGAUGUUAUUGGACAUGUUAUUGGUGUUAGUGAGAUAGUCAUUGAUGGGGAGAAGAAGAGGAUAUCUGUGGAGUUGGAGGAUGAAAGGGCUGACAGGUUGAAGAUCACCCUGUGGAAUGGAAAUGCUGAUGCCAUAUCAGCAAUGAUGGCUGAUCAUCCAGUAAUGCCGGUAAUGCUUAUUGUGCAAUAUGUGAAAUGCAAAAAGUGGAAUUCAAGGGCUUCAGUCACCACUAAUAUGUACAAUGGCAGAAUUUCCCUAAAUGACAUGUCUAUGCCUGCAAUUUCUGACUACAAAAUGAGAUUGGAGGAUAUUGAGGACAAAGAUGCAAGUGUCCAGCGGAUUUCUAUACUUUCUAACAUAUCUGGAUAUAAUACUUAUGAAGACUUUGUGAAGGAUGCAUCAAUGUUAACCGUGUCUGAGAUUAAGGAGUUAGAGGAGCCUUGCUAUGUGGUUACUUUUGCUAAAAUUACCAGAUUGGUGAAGGAGUUUGAUUGGUGCUACUUAGGAUGUAGAGACUGCAACAAGAAGGUGACAGAAAUUGGUAAAGACACUGAUACCAGGUUUGUAGGAUUGCCUAAAAGUAACCAACGUGGCAAGGGGAAAAAGGUCACCAGUGAAAACAAUAGUGAAGGUUCAAAAUACAGGCAAUUGUUGUUGAUGGAUCAGGCAGCGGAACCAGGAGUCUAUUAUCCAAAUAAGCUAGAUGAGCUUAAAGGAAAAAAGUGUUUGUUCAAACUUGAUGUUUCACAGUUUAAUAUAAGGAACAUGGACAGUGAAAUGUCAGUUGCUAGGGUUACUACUGAUGCUGCAAUUAUAAAACAGUACCUACAAGCUGUAUCUGAAGAUCUGGAAAUAGAUGCAGAAAAUAGUAUUGAAUUUGGGCUCAGUAUGACCCAAACAGAUGACAGUACUGCAAAGACUGCUGUAUCAUGUACUGGGGAUGUUAAUAUCCAGAAUGCUAAUGUUGGAACUCCUCUGGAAGAUACUGCUGAUAGUCCCUCACCAAAGAAGACUAAAUCUACUCAAGACCCUGAGAGUGUCAAAUCCCACCAGAACAAAUGUGUCAGGAAAAUCAGAAGAAAAUUCCAUCGUCAUGAUCUAAUUUGCGUUUGA